AUGAGAGCGGCCCUCCUGGCCCUGAGGCUGAUGUGCUUGGCCGGGCUGUGGCCCGUCACGCAGCUCAACAGCAGCAGCUUCCCGAGCAAGAGGAGGCACAAGGAGCCGUACGCCGGGGAGAACACCAAGCAGAAGCACGGGGGGCGGGUGGAUCUCAAGAUGAAAAAGCUCGACAGCACCAAAUCUCUGCUUAUUAAAUCCGAGCAGCUGCUCCGAAUUGAGGACCACGACUUCGCGAUGCGGCCGGGAUUCGGAGGUUCGGCCAUUCCCGUGGGCAUCGACGUGCAGGUGGAGAGCAUCGACAGCAUCUCUGAAGUCAACAUGGACUUCACCAUGACCCUGUACCUGAGGCACUACUGGCAGGACGAUCGCCUGGCCUUCCCCUCCAGCAACAACAAGAGCCGCACCUUCGACUCUCGCCUGGUGAAGAAAAUCUGGGUUCCGGACGUGUUCUUCGUUCACUCCAAACGCUCCUUCAUCCACGACACGACCAUGGAGAACAUCAUGCUGAGGGUUUACCCCGAUGGAAACAUACUGUACAGCGUGAGGAUCACUGUGACGGCCCUCUGCUCCAUGGACUUCAGCAGCUUCCCUCUGGACACGCAGAACUGCUCUCUGGAGCUGGAGAGCUACGCUUACAACGAGAACGACCUCAUGCUCUACUGGAAGAACGGCAACGACUCGCUGAGGACCGACGAGAUCGUGCUGUCCCAGUUUUUCGUGGAGGACUUCCAGCCGUCGUACGGACUCGCCUUCUACAGCAGCACCGGUUGGUACAACCGGCUCUACAUCAACUUCAUUCUGCGGAGGCAUAUCUUCUUCUUCAUGCUCCAGACCUACUUCCCCACCAUGCUGAUGGUGAUGCUGUCCUGGGUGUCCUUCUGGAUCGACAGGCGGGCCGUCCCCGCCCGCGUCUCUCUGGGCAUCACCACAGUUCUGACCAUGUCCACCAUCAUCACUGGUGUGUCAGCCUCUAUGCCGCAGGUGUCUUACGUGAAAGCCGUCGACAUCUACUUGUGGGCAAGCUUCCUGUUCGUCUUCCUGUCUGUGAUCGAGUACGCUGCUGUCAACUAUUUCACCACAGUGGAGGAGAUGAAGAAACUCAAGGGGGCAAAGAUUCCCGCCUCCUUCGACGCCACGCAGGCGAUGGCCUUCGACGGCUGCUUCCACGACAACGACAUCGACCUGACGUCCUUCACGGAGGCCGCCAGCACGCCGAACACGGAGAGGAACACGCAGUCGCGCAACUCCACGGCGUCCGCGCCCACAGAGGGCACGCGGCUGCGCCGCAAACACCCUCUGAAGCGGAACCUCAGCUUUAUAAUGAGCAACAGCUACAUGAUCGACUCCUACUCCAGAGUCAUCUUCCCGCUGGCUUACCUGCUCUUCAAUAUCAUUUAUUGGAGUAUGUACGCGUAGCUCACAAACUGGGAGAAAACCAUCAUAAAACAGGGUCUUCCACUGAAGAUGAGUUUAGUUGCAAUGUGGGGAAAAAAUUGCAUGUUUUUGUGUAUAUUUGACAUUUUAUAAGAGAAAAGCUUUUGAUCAACCAAUAGAGGACAUGUACAUUUUAUUUGAUUAUUGAUUAGAUGCGCACCAGUACAUUGUGUAACUACUGUUUAACGUAAUGAAGAAUAAAUGUUUAUUGUUAUAUUUAGAAGCUGUCAAGCAAAAAUAUGUGUGGAUAGAAUUCCACCGUACUUUGUUUGUAUCACAGACUGUUCUCGCUGAACUAACACGGUCACAAGUGUGAGGAGAGACGCAGCAGGAAUUAUAAACAGUGGUAAACAGUAAAUCUACUAAAGUGCAAGUGCGGGUCGACUCCCCCUGGUGUUCAGAGAGAAGUCUGCAGCUUUUACUAACAGGUCUAUCAGGAACUGCUAUGCUAUAAAGUGGACAGUUCAGUUUGUUGUGCACCUUAAACAACUAAAAAUAAUCUAUCCUGGUGACAGCGUGUGACAGACGGACUCCUCCCAAACACAGGCAUGAAGACACACAAUUCAAUGCUGUGACGCACUUCUUCUGACGCAGCAGUAAAUCAUUCAGUGGCAGGACUGUUUUUUAACUGUUGCCCAGGAAACCCCGUUGUUUACCUUCCUGUCUACUAUCGACAACCCUCACGGGCGUCGGACGCACCCUGAGGCACUCCUUUACUGCCAAAGAAGGAAAAAAUCAAAAAAAUCAAAUCAGUUCCCUUUAAUGCUGACUACACAACUUUUCUACCAGGACAGUGGAGGCCGGUGGCUCCAUUCUGGUCCUAGUCCUGUUCAGAAGGUCCACGUCGGACUCACUGCAGGUGAAGUGGACGUGCAUGACGUCACAUAUUCAAGCCGACUCUGAGGCGUGUCAGUCCGUGAGGUUGUGCCAGACGCCUGCCAGACACUAGAACUCGGUCCAGGACUGUUACUGUGGGGAGAAGAGAAUGCACAGCUAAAGCUGGAGCUUUGAUUUGGUGUCAAGUUCAGGCGUCGCCUUCGACGAGCAUGAGGAGAAAGUCAUGACAUCUCUCUGCGUCGGAUCUGGUGGAUCUUCACGUUGGCACAUGUUGGCCUCCUGCGUAAGAGUGAAGAGGUCAGACUCACACGGCCGGCCCCUCGUCUGGUUUCUCUUCCUGCUGCUCGUCCUCCUGACAGAGAAAGCUUCCUGUGAGCAGACCUCUGCUCCCACAUCCUCUCCUCCACCUUCUACAGCAGCUGCACAGACUCCAGUGCAAUAUGUGAUCGAUGUGACUGUGGACGUCGCAGGAGCGCAGGGCGAAUCAGAAGUUAAGGCCUGGGUGUGUGGAGCAACGGGUCAUGAAUCAGUAGCGUGAGAGUGAGAUGCUCCUGAUUUAGCUGGUGAACGUUGUGUUCUCCGUUGCAGCU